CCGUUGACUGUGGGAGGAAGGAGGAGGAAGAUGGCAAACCUGUCAGCGGCCGCUGCCGCCGCCCCGCCACCGAUCCCCCCCCUCCCCACCCGGAACUGUCGGCUUCUCGGUGAUGGGGUGUCUGGGCUCGAGGGGCCAGGGACUGGGGGGAGGGGCCAGGAGGAAGCUUCCCUCCCCCUUCCCCGCCAGUCUUCCCUGCUCUCUUUCCCCCUCCCGCGGAGCGGGGAAGUAGAGGCGCCGGCGGGCGCGCUCGUCCGGUUUAGGGUGGGAAAUCAGAUUCCCAAGGGGAUGCCCAACUCCUCCUUUCCGGAAUACUCAGGCUUGGGAACAGGUAAGGGAAUGACUACCAGGUACGCCAGCGAAAAUAGGGUGCAAGCCCAGAAACCGUUUCUGUACCACCACUUGUUGAGAAACUGAUUUGAAAGCAACUCUUGUGUUUGGAACUGGCAGAGGGUGCCCGGAUUUGACACCUCUGUUUUCUCAGAUUGGGAACUCUUCACUGCUAAGUGUCAAGGCAACAAAACUGGAAACUAACUUGACCCUUAUUGAAAACCAGAAUGGAGCGAUUUGUAGUAACAUCUCCUCCUGCUCGAAACCGUUCCAAGACUGCUUUGUAUGUGACUCCUUUGGAUCGUGUCACUGAGUUUGGAGGUGAGUUGCACGAAGAUGGAGGGAAACUGUUCUGCACUUCUUGCAACGUGGUACUUAAUCAUGUUCGCAAGUCUGCCAUCAGUGAUCACCUCAAGUCUAAGACUCACACCAAAAGAAAGGCAGAGUUUGAAGAACAGAAUGUAAGGAAGAAACAAAGGCCUCUAACAGCAUCUCUUCAAUGCAACAGUACUGCGCAGACAGAGAAAAUCAGUGUUAUCCAGGACUUUGUGAAAAUGUGCCUGGAAGCCAACAUCCCACUUGAGAAGGCUGAUCACCCAGCAGUUCGUGCUUUUCUCUCUCGCCAUGUGAAGAAUGGUGGCUCCAUACCUAAGUCAGACCAACUAAGGAGAGCUUACCUCCCUGAUGGGUAUGAGAAUGAGAAUCAGCUCCUUAACUCACAAGAUUGUUGACAAGGGAGGUUACCAUCAUUGUGAACAAGACAAAUGACGUGGAGUAUUAAAGUUAUGUGUUGAUUGUGUGGUUCAUUUUUAUAUUUAUUUCAUUAAAAUCAUGUGAUACAGAA